CCUCUGAGAUCGUUGGCUGUUGAACGAUAAAUUACUUAAAGACGCGUCGAAGGACGAGGGACUGCGCAACAGUUGUUUGGAACCAGUGCCCAGAAGUCUCAGCGCCAAUAAUAUAUCGAAGCAUCGUCAGGGGAGCUUUGCAGCCGCUCCAGAAGGACAAGCAACAUGAAGUUCUCCAAGCUACAAGUCCUGCCCUGUCUCGCUCUCGGUCAGCUCUGCGCGUCUACCGCCAUCGACGUCCGCGAGCUUGCCCCGCGAGCAGAUGCUUUCCGCGACAACUAUGGAAGCAACAUGUGCCUCCAGGUCAGCUGCGACGCGAUGGUCUGCGCCGAGAACCCCGAAGAUGCCCUCGCCGUGGCCUCCUCGGGGGUCAGUCUGAUCGUGGGCCCCGACUGCACCGGGUGGCAAGAAGGCACUCUCAAGGAGGUCCCAUCCGGGACGAACGAGAAGACCUGCCCUGAAGGACGCAAACUGUAUCAGGGUGCUCUGAUGGUGUACCGAGCUUGGAACAACGUCUCCAAGAAGAAGAACUUCAAGACCGAGUUUGUCGAGUGGGAGGAUUUCAAGGGCGCCCAGUGCCACGGCACGAAGGAUGUCAAGUGUCAGAAAGAUGGAAUCAAGAUGGCCCCCGACCCUAACGCCCGUGUGUGUGUGCCGUGGGGUUUGUAAUUACGAGAAAAGGCGGCAGGUUCCGAGCUCGGGUUUCUGGGCGUUGCAAACAAUCUACGAUACUUCUUUUUAUAUAGAACGGACAAUCCCGCGGGGGAUAGUAAAGGAAUGCUCCGCGAGAUGAUUCCUGGUCAAGGCCUGUAACAUACACCCACAACAAACCUUAAUAUACAGCCGGGUCUCUUUACGUGCCUGUAACGGAUAGCUUGCGCU